CCUUGACCUCCUUCCUACAUCAACAUUGUGAAGCUUCCUCACUCUUGUAGCCUCAGAAAUUAUCGCAUAUAUCUCUCGUAUCCAUUAUUGACUUCGCCGUGUCGCGCAAACACACGCUUAUAAGCUAGAGUCAACUUGCGACAGCAAUUGUUACGUCAUCAUCAUGUCGGACGGAAUCGCUCCAGCUAUAGACAAAGUCGGCGCACCUGAACCCACGGCCCCCGAGGCCGAGGCCGGCGCUCCCACUUUGGACACCACGACAGCUCCUUCGGAGCCCGCCAAGCCGGAGGAGACCAAGCCCACUGACGGAGCCGGUGGUCUCAGCGCCCCGCCGAAGCCCGUCGAGGUCGCGUCUGUGCCAGAGACACCCGUCAACAACAUGACACCCGCAGGCGGCACUCCACGACCCGUGCUCAACCUCGAAGAAGAGCCGAAGGAAACGCCAAAGAACGAGGACGAGAAUGCGUUCAUCAUUGAUGCUCAACCGACCUCGGCCCCUGCUGUCUCCGCCCCAAAGGAUGUCCCCAUGACUGGCAAUGCUGCCGACGACAAGCCCGCAGGCAUCAACGGCGCCAGUAAGCCUGAAGUCAACGACGUCGCCGAAGCGGCUGCAGGCGAAAAGCGUAAGGCUGAGGAGCCCCCUGCCGCUACUAACGGUGCAUCCGCUCCCGCUGCGGCAGAGAAGUCUGAGUCGGAGGAGCGCGCCGAGAAGAAGGCUCGCGUUGAAGAUGUUGCAGACGAGCCGACCGCCACUGAGAAUGCUGCACCAAACGGUAAGCACGAAAAUGGGAAAGCUGCGAAGAAGGACAAGAAGGCCGCCCCGGUUGCUGGGAAAACGGCACGUAAGACGCGAAGUCAGGGCCCUGUUGAGGUUUAGCAGUAAUGCGAAUUUGCAGGCUUUUCUUUGAUCUACUAUAAUGGUUUAUGAAUGCUGCAGCACAUGAUUUUGGGGGUGGGACGGCGAAAAUGGCGGAUGGGAACGGGAAAAGGAAUAACAUCCCGAGAUCUGCC